AUGCAAGAAAAGAAAUCUGUUGCCAUCAUCGGCGCCGGCAUAUUCGGCCUUUCGUUGGCUGUUGCGCUGCGAGACAAAGGCCACAAAGUUACUGUCUUUGACCGCGCGCAGUACGACGCGAAUGGAUACGACCCCGCUGCCGACGACGUCCAGGCCGCUUCUGUAGAUCAUAACAAGAUAUUUCGCGCCUCGUAUGGAACAAAACUCCACUACCAGCGCCUGGCGAUGGAGAGCCGCGAGGCCUGGAUGCUCGAGGAUGAGAAAAGAGGGUUCUCGGAGCAAGACGGCCGCUGGGAUGAUCGCAAGCUCUUCUCAUCUAGCGGGAUGCUGCGAGUCCAGCCGUCGGACGGUCUUGGUGCGCUGGAAAGGGAGACGUUGGCUAAUAUGGAGCGCGAUGGUCUCCGGGACACACAGUUUGUCAAGAGUAACACUGAGGACCGCGAUCGCGCCGCAAGGAUUGGUUGGGAAGACAAGCUGCUCGACUUUGAGAUUCCAGAGACUUCCCCUCCUGCUACUUACGAGGCAGUUCUUGAUUCAUUAGCUGGCUUUGUGAGGUGUAGCAAUGCCUGCGCUUACUAUCAAAGGUUGGCUGUCGACAAGGGGGUGGAAUUCCAUUUCGGCAUUGAAGGCGCGGUUGAGGCCCUUGUGAAGUCGAAACAUGGCUCUGGCUCUGAAAGCAUAAAGGUCACAGGGGUAAAGACAAAGGCCAGUAAAGCGUACAAUGCAGAUGUGGUUGUUGUUGCGGCCGGGUCCUUCUCAACACAGAUUCUUCCUGACUUGAGCUACCAUUUGGAGUCCUCUGCAGGAAGCAUUGCCGCCUUGAAGAUCGACCCGGCCGACAAAGGCCUGUGGGACAAAUACUCACCGGAGCGAUUUCCCGUCAUGACGUGGAAAAGCGUCCCCCGAGAUAGGUCUGGGAAAGACACAGGCAGCAUUUAUGUUCUGCCGCGAACCCCAGAGGGCUUGGUAAAAAUUGGCUAUCGUGGAAUCAAGUUCACAAACUUCCAGUCCGCCCCUGCAAACACACCCUUUACACAGGACGGCCAGUGGUCAGUGCCGCUUCCACCAGAGGAGUGCUCUAAGCUUCACGAGUCUGCAAUAUACGCCAUUAAGCAAUUUGUCUCGAUUUUCCUACCCGAAUUCCACGGUGUCCCGUUCGAUUUCACCAAGCUUUGCUGGUAUACCGACUCCUUGGAUAAUUCUUUUGUGAUCGAUUACGUACCAGACUAUGCAGACAACUCCGUUUUUGUUUGUACAGGAGGAAGCGGCCACGGCGCAAAGUUCCUCCCUAUUCUUGGCCAGCAUGCGGCGGAUAUCCUUGAACAUGGUGAUAAGAGCACUUCAUAUAUGCGCCCAUUCUGGCGUUGGAGACCCGAUGCCCCUCGACGGAAUGGACUUGAGGAAGGACCGGAUGGACCGCGAAAUCUCAAACGGGGCUGA